AUGGCUGGCGUCGCGCCGCCGGCGGGGAGCAGCGCGAUUCCCGACCUGAACGAGCCUUUCAUGGAGGAAGAUGUACACACCGCUAGGGCAAAUAUUCCCACCGACAUGGUGGUCGACGUAGAUGCCGCUAGGGCAAAAAUUCCCGCCGACCCGACCAUCCCCCUACCGCCAGGGACGAAAGGGGCUCCCGAACCCGAGCCGGACCGGUACUCGCCGCGUUCGGACACGGAGCAGCCGCCGCCAAUUGGACCAUUUCCAGAAAACGACUACAUGUAUCUGACCGUAGAGGACUUGUUGGCAGCCGACGAGAAAGAUGACGCCUUCCUGCAAAACAUUCCGCGCGACGAUUUUGCGGAAGCCGCCUUCGGCAUCAACAAAGAGCUCGCCAAGAAGAACAGAUUGCUAAGGAUGAUGUGGGGUUUCCGGUAUCUCGACACGCUGGAGGCGAGAACGACCCGGAUUCAGUACCUGCGGGCGCUGCUCGACUUCAGGAGAUGGUGCUGCGCGAACCUUCCAAGACAGCAAACCGCCAGAGUCAAGGGGGACGGCGUGCUGGAACACGAGGACGAGAUAGGGAGGUACAUCGACGAAGACAUGGGUGAUCAGUGGCACACCGCCAAGGGCGACCUACAAUGGAUGCACGGUUCCCGCGUCAAUGCCACGCGGAUCAGGGCGUACAUUCUGUCAAUCGCGAGGCAGCAUGGUAUUGCAAAGGCCGAGGAGCUCGAGGAGCUGAAUCCCAACGUCCGUGUCCAACCCCUGAAGCCGACAACCGUUUCGAUGCUGCUCAUCCGCAUCAAAGCGCUCCAGACAGCCUGCAAGGUCGAGGGGACGCUCUUCGGGGUGAAGGAGCUCCACAUCAUGUACGACAUCUCCGAGGUCCACUCGGAGGUGCGCGCGAUGGUCAGAGAGAAGUGGCACAGGGACGACAGGGAUUGCGUCGACCGGCACCGCGGAACGCUCGGCGACACGUACACCACCGACCAGAUCCGCCACCUCAUUUUCAAGGUCUUGCCGACUUGGACAGCUCGGGCGUACGAACCCAAGGCGGCCACCCCCUCCCAGACACUGUGGAAGUUUCUGCUGAUGAAGACGAUGACCCUCUUGGGUCACCACACCCUUCUCCGCGGAGGCAGUCUCCGAGCGAUCGAGCUCCCCGACCUGUUUUUGUACAGAAUGGGGAGCGCGUUGCCAGAGCACUCCACACGACGGCCGGUUGUCAUGGUCGUCGCGUCACGAAACUCCAAGACGAACAAGGAUGCUCGUCUGCAUCACAGCUACGCGGCGAGACACCUGGAGCAAGAGAUGUGCGCCGUCGGUCACACACUGUUGUGGCUGCACUUCGUGUACGGCCAGCUGAGCCACUCGCCCACCUCUCGAUGUGUGCCGCCCCUCGACUUCACAACUCCGUACAGCUGGUAUCACAAGCACCUCUUUCAUGCUCGGAACGACAAGGCACAAAAAGAGCUGCCGUCAUCAUCUCAUUCUCGGAUCACGAAAGAGAUGUGGCGGACGAACAAGAUCUUCAUCACGCGCAACACCCACGCCGCCCGGGCGGGUGGGGCACAGGAGCUGGCCAACGACGACGUUCCGCGAUCUGACAUCGCCGACUUGGGCCACUGGGCGCUCGACAAGCUCGCGAAGAGCUACAUCAGGACCUGUCAGAUUACUAUAGCUGAUGCAUGUUUGUAG